CACCUCGCUCAGUCGAAUCCCUCAAUUUACCUUUCUCAUCAACAAACCCUCCCACCAAAGACGCUGCUACUGUACCUGUAGGGUACUUCACAUCACAUUCCUCUCCGACAACACCCCCCGGGGCCCUGCCUCCCCCACCACCGCGCUGGGUAGUCGUGUCCGCCUCUCUUCCUUGUGCGUGCGCUCCAUCAACUUGUCACCUCCCCUUCCACUUCCCCCCUCUAACCCCUUCUUUCUUCUCAAGAAAUAAAUAAAAAAAACAACUUCUAUCCUCAACCCCUUCCCCCCUCAGUUACACCCAAUAUUCACCGGAGCUUACUGUUGUCUCUUUCGCUUCAGAGACAACCCCGCUCAUCCCACCCCUCACUCCCUAUCCCACCGCCCCUCAUUCCGCUGCUCAACCUCGACGCAACAACUACUCUCGUCAACGGAAAGGGGAAAAAGAAAACAAUAAUCAGACAGCGUCAGAAAAACGGCCUCUAGCUUGAUUCUAAUACUCCCUUCUUGCGAUGGCCGAUCCCAAUGCAUCAGCGGUGGCUAUUGAGAACAGCAGAAAGCAGGAGAAUGCCAUUCGUGCUGUGAUUGAGAAGAAGGCACCCCCGGAAAUUGAUUUCACUCUGCAUACUAUGGAAGAUGGGACUCAAGUUUCGACACUUGAGCGAGUUUGCAAGGAUGUGCAGGCACCUGCAUUCCACAAGCCUACAAAUGAGCAGUUUUACGACUCUAAUGAUCCUACAAAGCCGGAUCUCGCAUUCCUGAAGCAGCACUUUUACCGCGAGGGUCGUCUUACUGAAGAGCAGGCCAUCUUCAUUAUUAACCGUGGCACUGAAAUUCUCAGGACCGAACCUAAUCUCCUGGAGAUGGACGCGCCGAUCACUGUGUGCGGUGACGUUCAUGGGCAAUAUUACGACUUGAUGAAAUUAUUUGAAGUAGGCGGGAAUCCCGAGGAGACUAGAUAUCUGUUUCUGGGGGAUUACGUUGAUAGAGGGUACUUCAGUAUUGAGUGCGUUUUAUAUCUUUGGGCGCUGAAGAUCUGGUAUCCCAAUACUCUUUGGCUUUUGAGAGGCAAUCAUGAAUGCAGGCAUUUGACAGAUUAUUUUACCUUCAAGUUGGAAUGCAAACACAAAUAUUCUGAACGUGUAUAUGAAGCUUGUAUGGACAGUUUUUGUGCGUUACCACUGGCAGCAGUUAUGAACAAGCAGUUCUUGUGUAUUCACGGUGGAUUGAGUCCUGAGCUCCAGACCUUGGAUGAUCUGCGAAGUAUUGACCGUUUCCGCGAGCCCCCCACUCAUGGUUUGAUGUGCGAUAUUCUUUGGGCCGACCCUCUAGAAGAGUUCGGACAAGAGAGAACUUCUGAUUUCUUCAUCCACAAUCAUGUUCGUGGCUGCUCUUACUUUUUUUCAUACCCAGCUGCUUGCUCGUUUCUCGAAAAGAACAACCUGCUCUCUGUCAUCCGUGCGCAUGAGGCACAGGACGCAGGGUACAGGAUGUAUAGGAAGACCAAGACAACUGGAUUCCCAAGCGUUAUGACCAUCUUUUCUGCGCCCAAUUAUCUUGAUGUGUACAACAACAAGGCGGCUGUUCUGAAAUAUGAGAACAAUGUCAUGAAUAUCAGACAAUUUAAUUGCACGCCCCAUCCUUAUUGGUUACCUAACUUUAUGGAUGUUUUUACCUGGUCGCUUCCCUUCGUUGGCGAAAAGAUUACUGAUAUGCUCAUCGCAAUUCUCAACACUUGCUCCAAGGAGGAACUCAAUGAGGACACGCCACUUUCCCCUUCAUCCACCGACCCGCUAUCGCCUCCUCCUGAGCCCGAGACUGAUCCCAAUAGCCCAGAUGCCAAGCGCCGUGCUAUUAAGAAUAAGAUUCUUGCCAUUGGGCGCCUGUCCCGCGUCUUCCAAGUUUUGCGUGAAGAAUCUGAACGUGUGACUGAGCUUAAGACCGCCACUGGGGGCAGACUUCCGGCUGGAACACUGAUGCUUGGAGCAGAGGGCAUUAAGGAUGCUAUCACUUCAUUCGAGGAGGCAAGGAAAGUUGACCUCCAAAAUGAGAGAUUGCCCCCAAGCCACGAGGAAGUGGAAAAGAAGGGCAAGGAGGCCAAGGAGGAGGCAAUGAACCGCGCUGUGAGGGAGGCAGACAAUGACAGGGAGUUGAACAGGGUGGCGAGGAGGAUCAGCAUGACUGAUAGGUCUGGAGGGGGCGGAAGCUCGAGUAAAAAGUGAUCAUUCUAAUUCACUAGAAUGAAGGGAAGGGAGGAAAGGAAGGGGGGCAUUUUCCCUUUGGCUAGAAGUCUAUGAGUGGUGGUCAAAUACUGGGAGGCUUUUCUUUCACUUUUUUCUUUUCUCGCUCCUGUUUGGGCCGCCUUUGGUAAUAGUAUUUCAUUUCGUAUGAACCAUGCCGACAUAAAAUGUCAACUAUAUAUCCUCCUCAUAUUUUAUAUCCACUCCCCCCCAGUUUUCCCUUCCACUCUAUACAACCCUCUCGUCUCCAGCUCCCUUUCUUUGUACAAUCAAUGGAGAACAAAAAAUUGCGACCCUCGUUGUCAUAAACAGAUCACCCUCUUUUUUGUUCUUGUCAUAUUCACUUCCAAUAGUUGUUUUUUCCUUGAUUGGCCUUGGCUGAAAAAUGGCAGUUUUGUGAUAUAAUAUGAUAAGAAAUUUUUCCGUCGUA